AACAUCGUCUUCACGUCAGGCGGCCGCGCCGUCUCUACUUAUCUGUCUGUCCGUCGCGGGGGCCAUCUCGGGUUAUCGCGGCGGUCGCGCAAAGUGAGGCAUUCACUCACGCUGUCACGCCAAGACCGGGCCAGCUCAUUGAGCAUACCGCACCCCUCCCCCGCAGUACGCCCCAUCUGCACAUUAGCACGAACAACAACCGCGGGCGCGCUAUUCCGUCCGCUUUAAUGGCCCGGCAAGCUUCAGAAGCUGCGCCGCCCGAAACACGCACAUGUCACUCAUUGUGGUACCUUGACUAUUACGACGUGCCUCACCACCUCAAGCCGCCGCCGCGCAUAUUCGAGCUUCCCGACGAACUCCUUCUCAGUAUCGUCUCGAAUCUUUCGAAAAAUAGCGACCUUUGCCGGCUCUCGCUCGUCAGCCGGAAGUUGAGGGACAUCGCUCAAGAAGCACUCGUGAAAGAGGCUAUCCUCCCAGAAAACGGCAUUCGCAAGUUCCUUGACGUGCUAUGCAGUCGGUCGGAUCUAGCGUUCAAGAUCAAGAGCGUGGAUUUGGGCGACUAUCAGUCGGGUGGAAGUCCCGGUAAGAUAUUCGACUUGGACAGAGAUAAUCUAUUCCGCAAAUGCCGCAGGCUCGUGGACUCGAUCAACGGCGCGGGGCACUUCAGCAAGAUCCUCAAGGCCAUUGGAAAGGGCGAUGACACGUUCUGGACGACGAAUCGCCAGUACUUUCUCGACGUCCUGGUAGCUGUGGCCCCGAACCUUAGGGAAUUGACGUUGGAAUUACCGGGCAUGAGCGCACUACAGGUUCUCCGAAUUCUGACUGCACAAGAUGAUUCUGAGCCACAAACCCUGGUAAGCCCUUUUCAAGGGCCUGCUUUGCAGUUGCUGAGAGAGAGGCUGCGCGUUCUCACCAUCUCAGAGAUGUCAGCCUGGAAAGGUCUCAGGGUACAUAAUGUCACGUUUCGGGGGCUCUCUCAACUUGCGCGACUGACUUUGCCACUGAAUACGCUCAUCAGCCCGGAAAUUGAUCCACCGGACGCAGUCGAGGCGUUGCCUCCCAAUAUAGAGCGCCUUCAGAUUCGGCCCUGCAACCGCCAUAUUCUCCGCUGGCUUCUCAAAUUUGGAGACUCUUAUGUGGAUCGAAGGUUCCCAAAACUACGCCGGAUCGAGCUGUUCUUCAAAUCUUGCCUGAGAACCAGUCUUCUUCUAGUCGAUCAAGGCCGCGGCGUAUUAAAGCUCUUCCAUGAGCUCGUCCAACUCAUGAGCCGAGCGGGCUUGACUAUCACUGCUUAUUCGGGGAAAGAUGGAAACCGCAACGGCUUACUUGAAGAGCUAGAUGCAUGGUCCCAUCUCUCCGAGUUCGAAACAUGGUUGGCUGCCACGAAGGGCCAGCAAUUCUCUGCGGCGGUGGCUAGGUUUGAGGAUGGCGUUCCGCGGCGUAGGACUAAGGAGGAAACUCGUCUUUUCCUGAGGGGCCAUAGACCCCCAGCGAACCUUCGCACGAGCUGUGAAUUCAAACCGAAGAUUUCCCUGGAAGGCAUACCGUCUCUAAAGUUCGACAAAGACAUGGAGCCCGCAACCGAUAAAGCUACCUGUUCCCUUGACGAUCAAGCUUGGAAGAAGAUAUGCUCCUUCUAUGAUAUCAAGGAGAUGAAUAACAGCACUUCGUCAAAGCCGGGCCAGACACAGGCAACAGACGAGAGUGAAAAAUCAACCAACAGCCUUCCACCCGUCGCGGCCCUCUUUCCUUCCCAGAUUGAACCCUGUUUGGGUUCUCAGUUCAACGCCAACGAGUGGCUCGGUGUGACCUUCUUCACUGCCUCGAAGCCAGCACCGAAGUGGAGCUCGAAGCGGCCAAAGCAGGCGAGAGGCCGCAUUAGCAAGACCUCCAAGGUGCCCGAUCAGAGAUCGCCGACACCGCGGCCACGGCGACUGAAGGAAGUCGGAUAGGACUGGCUACGUUCUAACAUGAGGAUUAGGGGAUGCACUGGCCUCAACGCACGGCCGCGGAGGAUAGCAUCAUAACUCAGGACUUCCUCUACAAUGGGAGCAUCAAUCCAAGAAGGUCCGCCGAGGGGAGCAUGAGCACUGGCUGCGUCCAAUGUCAGAUGAUGUAGGGGUGGACGGGCUCUAUAACUUUGGGGGUAAUGUCUUAUGUGCAUCUAUGUCCACAGGGCGUAUCAGCGUGGGCAGUUCAUAGCGGUACUGCAGGGAUAUGGGGGUUACGGUGGAGAGUGGAUCACGAUAUCAUAUGCGUAAUUUAGGAAGGUGCCCC